AUUUUUAUAACAAAGUUUUUCAAUAUCAUCUUUCAUAUGUAUUAAAUAUUAACGAAGCCUAAGUGAACGAGGUAUUGACAAUGGCCAACGUAAGGUGGUGAAGUUUAAAAUUUUCUCAAAUGUUACCAUUAUUUAAAUAUUUAUUAAUUGGUUUUGUUGACCCCCGGGAUUUCUUAAAGAAUAUAUAUUAAAUUAUGAUUUAGGUCAACGAAUCAUUUAUUUUUUCUUCUUAAAGUUCUAAUGUUCCAUAAAGAAAGUCCAAAAUGUUUUAAAAAGAAUCGUAAAUUGGAAGAAAAAUCUUCUUUACCUGGUGAUAAGGACUCAGUUCACGAAAAAAAUUUACACAUAGCUUCAGUUCCAUUGGUUUUUGUUUUUAAUUUAUUGAGAUCUAUUAUUUACAUGAUUUUUGUCAUUAUUCGAUAUAUAUGGAAAUCCAGGUCUAAAUUACUUCUUUACAAAACUGCUGUCAAAUCCAAACGUUCUGAAAACUUGGAAACUACUGAAAUACUGUGUCAAGAUUUGAUUAAUAGAAUGGCAAAUCACAAAGUGAGGCACACUGGACAACCUUCCUCUGGUGAUCCACAACUUUUAAAACAAAAAGAACAUCACCGAAGAGCAUUUGAAUAUAUCUCCAAAGCUCUUAAGAUCGACGAAGAGAAUGAGGGUAAUAAAGAAAUUGCUGUCAAAUUAUACAAAAAGGGUAUUGAUGAGUUAGAAAAUGGUAUCGCCAUUGAUUGUUCGAAUGGUAAAGGAGAGAUAUGGGAACGAGCUAAAAGGCUUCAAGAUAAAAUGAAAACAAACCUACUUAUGGCUAAAGAUAGAUUAAAUUUAUUGACAUCUGAGAAGAAAAUGUUAUUGAGUGGAAGUAAUUCUACUAUGAAUAAUCUUGUUAAAAGUAAGACUCUUCCCAGAUCAAUGGGCUCACGUUCCUUUACAAUCAACACUCCACCAACUGUGAAAAUUCUGAAUACUCCUCCAGCAAUCAGAAGGCAGUUUUCUGGCCCUUGUGUAUCUCCAGUUCACAAAUCAAAUGCUAAAUUAAAAGGUUCAGUUACAAAAUCUACAAAAAUAAAAGGUGUUGAUCCUAAGCUUGCACAGAUCGUUAUGGAUGAAAUAUUAGAAGGAGGGACUCCUGUUCAUUGGGAUGAUGUUGCUGGACAGGAGAUUGCAAAACAAGCUCUUGAUGAAAUGGUUAUACUUCCAUCUUUGCGACCUGAACUUUUUACUGGUCUAAGAACACCUGCUCGUGGUUUGUUAUUAUUUGGUCCUCCUGGUAAUGGUAAAACUUUAUUAGCCAGAGCAGUUGCAACAGCUUCAAAUUCUACAUUUUUUAGUAUAAGUGCUGCAAGUCUAACUUCAAAGUAUGUGGGUGAAGGAGAGAAACUUGUUCGUGCACUAUUUGCGGUUGCAAGGCAGCUGGAACCAUCAAUUGUGUUCAUUGAUGAGAUAGAUUCAGUGCUGAGUGAACGUAAAGAAGGUGAGCAUGAAGCUAGUAGACGUCUUAAAACUGAAUUCUUGGUAGAAUUAGAUGGUUUACCUGCCAGUAAUGAUUACCGAGUACUAAUAAUGGCUGCCACAAACAGACCUCAAGAACUGGAUGAAGCACUUCUAAGGAGAUUUCCUAAAAGAGUGUAUGUAUGUUUGCCUGACACAAGAACCAGGGCAGUACUUUUAAGGAGACUUCUUUCUCGGCAAGGUAAUCCAUUAAAUGAAACAGAAAUUGAUACUGUUGCUCAUUUAACUGAAGGAUAUUCUGGUAGUGAUAUAACAGCUCUCGCAAAAGAUGCAGCUUUAGCACCUAUCAGAGAGCUGAGUGCUGAUCAAGUAAGGCUUUUGGAUCCAGUUAAUGUAAGACAGAUCACAUUUCAAGAUUUUGUUCAGUCUUUGAAUAGAAUAAGACGAAGUGUAUCUCCCUCCAAUUUAGCUAUGUAUGAAAAAUGGAAUCAGCAAUAUGGGGAUGUCAGCUUGUGAUAUAUUUUUCAUACACUUUAAAAAAAAAAGUUUCAUAAUUUGAAGCCAUAACGUAUGAGAAACAAAUGAAUUUUAAGCCUUUUCCAAACAUGCUAUUUUCAUUUUAAUAUUUUAGCUUAGAUAUUGUAACUUUUUGUGAUUAAAUUUAAUAUAUUGCUAUUUGCUUGAUUAUUCUAGUCAAUGUUACCAUUGUUUUCUAUUUACUAUGUAAAUAUUAUUGCUUUCCUUGUUACGUUGCUGACAAUACUAUGCAUUGUUAUUAUUUUUUUUAUAUAUGGCAAAUAAUUGUCAUUGUUACUUUAUCUGUAUAUUAUGGUUAAAAUAGAGUUGAUUUAAUAACA